CAUCUUUCUUGAACUAUGAGCACUAGAACUGGACACAGUAUUCCAGCAGCGGUCACACUAGUGCCGAAUAUAGAGAUGUCACUUAACUUGGAUUCUGAAGAUGACUUCUGUUUGGAAGAAAAUAGAUUCAAGCAGUAUUGUGCAGAGUUCAUUAAACAUUCACAGCAAAUAGGAGAUGAUUGGGAGUGGAAAAGUAUAAAGGACUUUCCUGAUGGUUAUAUGAGUAAAACACACUUCCAAAUGAAAAAUGGAAAUACCUCAAUUUUCAAGGACAGCACUAAGGAGAGUGAUGAGCAAACACUGGCACAUGUUGAGGAAGCCCUGGAUGAUUCUCAAGUAGCUGGAAUCUGUGCAACAUCAGAAGUGAUUCGUUAUGAGUAUCAUGUCUUGUAUUCCAGCAGCUACCAAGUACCAGUGCUUUACUUUAGGGCAUGCUUUUUAGAUGGAAGACCUUUAACUCUGGAUGAAAUUUGGGAAGGCGUUCAUGAAUGCUAUCGGGCUCGUCUACUGGAGGGGCCCUGGGACACCAUUACACAACAGGAGCACCCAUUACUUGGUCAACCAUUCUUUGUCCUUCAUCCCUGCCGGACUAAUGAAUUCAUGGCUCCUGUAUUGGCUAAUUCACAAAGAGAGAACAGGACUAUAAACUACAUUACAUCAUGGCUGAGUAUUGUAGGCCCAGUUGUGGGUCUAAAUCUACCUCUGAGUUAUGCAAAACUAGUGUCUGAACAGAAUACAAAAGCAGAUUAAAUCAAAAGGCAUAGCAGACUUGUUGAUAAUACCCCUUCCAGUCAUGACUAUUUUAUACUAUUGACCUGAGAUAAUCAUUGUUCCUAAGAUUACAAGUUCCACAAAACACUGCCCUGAGCAUUACUGUGAAUAUAGUCUUAAUGUGACAGCAUUAGAUAAAUUAACUCAUGGAAUAUAUUUAUAGACAAAGGAAGUUCAACUUGUAUAAUUUAUUAAUGCAGUUACUCAUAUGAGGCUAUACCUCACCAGUCUCAAGUUAUGCUAGCUAAGUAUGAAGUUAGUCCAACAGAAUGGACCCUCACCACCCUUCUGUUCAGUCAUUGUUCCUUUACAGACCUGAUUUUUUAUGUUUCAUCCAAGCGUUACAAAGAAAUGGGGUUGUCAUGUGGACUGAGAAAUCAACAUUCAGUUCUUUUUAGAUGCAACAGUCCCCAUUGUACAACAUGGUUUUCCCUCUUUCAUUUAUCAUUGUAAAGAAGACCCAGGAUGUUUUGGAAAAAGCAUGGCACAUUGUCUUUGAUUUCAGAUCUGCCCUUGAAGAGGUAAGCCCAGGCACAUGCCACAUGGGUAGCUGCACCGGUGACUUUUUUCUUCAAUACAUUCUUCCCACUUUACCUCCAGGAGCACCCUUUGUCAAUAACACCCUAUGCCUGCUUUGAAAGGCAAAGUGUUUCCAGUUUAUGAGGUCCAUUCAUGUCCAGCUGAUAAACACCUUCUAAAUCCCAGCCAAGUAAUAAUGAGCACCUUGGUGCUGCUCUCACAGUUGUUUAGAUACUAUGAUAAUAGAUACAAAAUGUUAAGAUAAAUAGGAGGGUUACAGCAACUGGGAGAGUUGGACACAUAGAUGAGUGAUCUGGCAAAACGCAUCAUACAUCUCUUAACUUUGUUUAUUUAGCACUAAUAAACAACUAAAAAUUCAGAUCAUUAAGAUGGUUAGUUCAAAAAUCCUCUGUAUUUUGGCUAAGAUGUCAUCAGUUAUAAAAAACAUUUUGUAUAAGUAAUCUAGUGACCUUCUAAAAAAUUUAACACAUUUGCUCACAAAAAUCGUAUCUAAUUUCAAAAUUAGAUCAAUCACCAGUGCUAUAUUUUAUUUUAUUUGGCAAGUAUGUUCCAAAACACCUACGUUUUUGGCAGCAUAGGUUACUCUUUAAAUUUUGCAAAACUGCUACAGAAGAGUUUUCAAUUAUAAAGCAGUUUUAAAUCUCCUUAAGUUUCUUGUCUGAAAUCUGGAAAGAAAUAUUGAAAAUCCUACUACUAGAGACUCUUUCUUAAAGGAAGCCACCAAUACUUGCCUUUGAUUACAAGAAUCAGAGAAUGUAACCAGCCCCAUGUGCUCAAUUGCAGUUUGCCUUUGGUUUCCUGUUGGAGGCAGAAACACUUCUAUAUAUGUAUGCUGCUUUUUUGCAUUCAGGCAUAAUCUGCUCCAAUAGAAAGUUUGGUUUUGCUUUGGUUAUGGAAGAAAUAUUCUUUGAGUCAAAUUAUGUUCUCAUUUUCAUCAGUAGUGACUGCACUGAUUUCAGUUUACACUGGGCAACAUUAGAGCAAGUCAAGUAACCUAAAUUUAUCCCAGUUCUGACUCCAUUGAUUUCAUUGACAUUUUUCCAGGAACGAAUUUGGGGCAAUAGUUCUUUGCCAAUUAGCACAGCUUGUGAUUCAAAGAGUUAUUGUAGACUUUUACAUUUCAAUGUAUAUUACAGAAUUUCAGUCCCAACAAAAAAAUAUUGAGUAACUUCUAUUCCAUUAUAACAGAACCUGAAAUGUGAAGUUCUUACGGGCUCCUCUAUAAUUCUGUCAUCUAAAAAGUCUAGCUUUUAUGGUAAUGUGUUAUGUAUCUUGUAAAAGACACAGUUUUUAAAAAUGUUUUUGUGAUUCACCUCCUUAGCAAUAAGAAAGGGAAGUCAUAACAAGUGCUUACCAGCUGGAAGAGAAAGAAACAGCUAGAAGUACCUACUACCCACUUUAGGGCUGCAGCUGCUUGACUGCUAAAUUUAAAAGACCAGCUUGAAAACAGCAUUCUGGGAAAGUACUGCUGGGGAGUGUUAGUGGGAAUAGGAAAGUGCUGUGCUUACCACUGUUAGGCCCUAUUUUUUAUUAGGCUGUUACCAAAUUUUGUUUUUUUAAACUCCAAGGAAACUUACACUUAAGCAUUCAAGGGACUGAUAAAACUGUGACUUACUAGGGAGGAUUUUUAACUGAAGGUUGGAGAGCCAUUCACUUGUUUGAUAAGAGGAUGAUGUUUAUAGAAGAUCUUAUUGAACACAUUUCCCUAUUCUCAAGCCUGUCAGAACACAACCUCCCUUUCUGCAGCACCAGUGGAUUUUUAUCUUGUGGUAACUUUGCUAGAGCAACAUCCUGCGCUUAAUUCACCCUGGAGGGUCGUAUCUGGAGGCGAGCAGGCAGUUCUCUCCUCUGUGGUUGCUCUCCCUAAACCACACCAGCAGGCACUAGAUAGGGGUAGACACAAAUUCAGUGCCUUGUUUGGCCAUCUCCCCUUUUCUUAGGCAUUGCUGGCCAGCUUCAGGCUUAUUGGCAGAGCAGAGUCUGUGCCAGUGGUGUAGCUAGGAGUGGAAAUUUGGUUAGGCCUCAAUUUAUGGUGGAUGGGCAAUGACCAAAGUUCUGAGAUCACAGCAAAUCAUUUAUUUUGCAUAUUACUAUACUAGAUAUAUAUUAUUAUUGCAUAUUAUAUUUGUUUGAAUUCUGGGGGGGCCAGGAUUGUAGGAUGCAGAGAAGGAAUUUGAGUGCAGGGAGCCCAGGGGCUGGGCUUGCCCGUGGAGACGGGCAAUCCCCACAGCUUUGGGUUGUCAGGGCUGGGAGUGCUGGUUAGCACCUGUGCAGAGCCAGGCCCACUGACGGGCUGCAGGGCUCCUUGGUGUGCAUGGGGUGGUACCGUCGGCGGCGAAGGCAGGCAGGCAUGUGGACGCCCUGGCUGUGCUGGAAGAGUGCCCAUUAACAGUUCUGCCCUUAGGCCCAGAAUUGCUGUCGGCAGGCCUGGGCUCGGCUGACACCAAAGUUGUCUGGAACCCGGAGAAGUUUGCAGCCCUGGGUGGAGGCAGGGAUGGGGCCAGCUACGGUGUUCUGCAGAUGGGCCAAGAGCCAACUUCUCUUAGCCAAGUCUCCCUGAACCACAUGGACAUUGGCUUCUGCAUUCACACAGGCUCAGAUUUGGGUGGGCCUGGGUGUUAAUAAGAUAGGUCGUGUGGUCCACCCAUGCCCGCCCCUUGUAAGAAAAUUUUCACUACCAGUGAUCUGCAUCUCUGGGUUACAUCGAUGGAAGCUGGCUGAAUCAACCUCCCAUCCCCUCAACUUCAACAUGACACCUUUAGUGUACAGCACCUUGAAAUGCAGAGGGAAAAGCACAUGUUGCUGGCUAUUGCUGUUGCUGGCUAAGCUCCAUAUUUGAUGCUUCCUCCACCUCCAGAGCCAACAAGAGCCCAAAGCAGGGUGGCACACUGGCUGAGCAUGUGUGGGAAAAGAUUUGGCAAACUGUAGAAAUGAGCUAAUCCUUUUUCUCUUUGCACCUGAUCCAAAAUAAAAUCCUGAACUGUUACUAGUAGAUCGUAGCCAAGCUUUACUUGGCCCAGGGAAGACUGAGCCAGAUGCUGGAGAUACUGUUCUCCAAGCAUCGUAAGGUUCGUUCUCUCACAUCCUAAAGUUAGCUGUCACUUGCCUACUGUGGUCAACCAUCUGCUUUAAUAUUUAUAUAUGCCCUGCUUUAUGAAGCAGGAACAUCGACUAGUGUUGAUGAAAGAAUCUCACAGCAAAGCGGAACUAGUUCUUUCUUCUCCAGGCUCCUCUCUGCUGUAUUUCUAUUGAUUUCUGUUUGGGGGGAUUUGGCUUUAAUAGCAGGUGGUUGUAAGAUUUAUAAAGUGUAAAGCCAUUUGUAUAGGAAGAUCAAAUAUCUCAGUUACUCUUUAAUUUAUUUGGCCUUUGACUUCCUUUUCGGAGCAUCUUUUAUUCCAAAUAACACAAGUCUGAGCUCCUCCAAGCUGGCAGAAUACACAAAUGUGUUCUCUGGACAAAUCCUGACGCCAUUUGCUAACUCACCUGUUUGACUUGUCAGUUUAAUCUGUAUAAACUAAUAGCAUGGGUUCAUUAAACAAAUUAAAAUUCAACUUGAAACAAAGUACUAGCCUUGAUGCUUCUUUGUGCCAUUCUCCCAUUCCCAUGGCCUUCUUCCACACCACCCAUGCCAAACCCUCACUGAAAUCCUUCCUCCCAAUUCACUCCUGCUGCAUUGCCUGCAAGGAGUUAGAAACAUCUGACUUAAGGAAAACAAAAAACAGCUAGACGUGCAUAUGCCUGAAUCUCUACCUGAUUUUAUUGUUGGCACCCAUGUUCUUCCUCUCUGUAUCCCGCCCCACCCCUUUUUUUUCUUUGUUUGUGUAUGGCCCUUUACAUGUUGAAUUGAGAUGGUGAGCUCUUCAGGACAGGGAGAAUGUCUGUUUCUCUGUAGCACCAGAUGCUUUCAGGUGCCCAAAGGCUGUAAGGGGAAUGGGAUACUUAUCCCUUCAAAACUUUGAUCCUAUUAAAUUAAAAGUUAGAUUCAACACUCUGAAGAUUUCUUUCACUGAACUGCAAUUAAACAGCUUUCUAGUUUUCAGCCUCCCCCUCCCUUUUUUUUAAAACUUUCUCCCUCAUCAUACCAAUAGCAGCACCUAGUGGCAGAAGCAGCUCAUGACAACUCUGCAUUAGGAAACUGCACUUACCAGCCUGAACACUUUUACCACUUCACUUUAACACUUCCCUUUGACAUCUUUCUUGCUUUCUGAUGUUGAAGUAGUUUUCCUCAAUAUUUCUGGAAGCUGCUCUAAUUCCUAGUGGCUCUUUCUGAACCAGAGUAGUGAGUUUAAAAAACCCAACUGAUACUCCAUGAAUGAAUAGUAGGGUCUGAGCUUCAGGUUCCUGAUGAGCUAACUACAGCCUCACACUAGCCCAAAUCCCACCACCAGCAAUUGUUUACAAUAGUGUUUGUAAGUGAAGGCCAACAUUUUCAGACAUGCUCCCUAACUGUACAAUCAACAAUGAUAUAGGCCCAUUACCAAAGACAGAUGGUAAAAUUAAUAAUGGUGCACAAAAGGAAUAAGUGUUAAAUAAAUACUUCUGUUCUGUAUUUGGAAAGAUGCAGGAUGAUGCACUAAUAUCACAUGACAACAAAGUCCUUUCCAAUCCCUCAGCAACUAAAGAGAAUGUAAUAAACAAAUCGGCAUGCCUGGAUAACUUGUAUCCAAAAGUCCUAAAAGAGUUGGCUGAGAUAAUCUCUGGCCUGAUUGUUGUUUUUCAAUAAAUAUUGGCAAUUUAGAAGACUUGAAGAAUGUUAAUGUCAAGCCAAUAGUCUAAAAUAGCCAGUAAGAUGACACAGGUAAUUAUAGGCUGGUUAGCCUGACAACAGUUCUGGACAAAAUAAUGGAAAAAGCUGAUAUAGAUUAAACCAAUAAAGAAUUAAAAAGCUAGAAAUAUGAAUGGUGCCAGUCAAUAUGGAUUCUACAGAAAAUACGUUUUGUCUCAUAGUUUCUUAAAGACAGAAAUGAUCAUCAUGAUCAUAGCUUGACCUCCUGCACAUCACAGGCUACAGAAUCUCACCCAUCCACUCCUGUAAUAGACUCUAACCUCUGGCUGAGUUACUGAAGUCCUCAAAUCUUGAUCCAAAGACUUCAAGUUACAGAGAGUCCACUGUUUACUCUGAUUCAAAGCACCAAGUGGCCUGUGUUCCAUGCUGCAGAGGAAGGUGAAAAAUCCCGGGGACUCUGCCACUAUGACCAAGGAGAAAUUCUUUCCCAACCCCAAAUAUGGUGAUCAGUUAGACCUUGAGCACGUGGGCAAGACUCACAAGCAGACAUCUGGGAAAGGGUUUUAUUAACUCACCAUCCCCUCCAUAAAGUUAUCAAGCUCAGUCUUGAGUUUUUUUGCCUCCACUACUCCCCUUUGAAGGCUGUUCCAGAACUUUACACCUCUGAUAGUUAGAAACCUUUGUCUAAUUUCAAGUCUAAACUUGUUGAUGGCCAUUUAACAUCCAUUUAUUCUUGUGUGAACAUUGGCACUUAACUUAAAUAACUCUUCUCCUUUCCUGGUGUUUAUCCCUCUGAUGUAUUUAGAGAACAACCAUAUCUCCCCUCAGCCUUUGUUGUGUUAAGCUAAACAAGCCUCACUCUUUGUCUCCUUUCAUAAGAGAGGAUCCUCUGAUCAUCCUAGUAGCCCUUCUCUGCACCUGUUCCAGUUUGAAUUCAUCAUUCUUAAACAGAAUAUAUGCACAUAGUAUUCCCAAUGAGGGCUCACUAGUGCCUUGUACAAUGUUACUGACACUUCCCAAUCUACUUGAACGACCUCACUUGAUGCACCCUAGGAUUGUAUUAGCCUCUUGCACAUCCACAUCACAUUGGUGGCUCAUCAUCAUCCUGUUAUUAACCACUACACCUGGGCCUUUCUCCUCCUCUGGCAUUUCCCAUUGAUAAGUCCCCAGCUUAUAGCAAAGAUUAUUGUUAUUAGUCCAUAAGCGCAUGACCUGCAUGGUUGACUAUUAAAUUUCCUCCCAUUUCUAUUACCCCAAUUUUCAAGGUCAUCCACAUUUUCUUGUAUGGUAUUCCAGUCUGCCUCUGUAUAUGUGUCAUCCACAAAUGUUAUUAACACAUGCCCAUUUUUUGUGGCAAGGUCACUAAUGAAAAUGUUACAUAAGAUUGGUCCCAAGACUGAUCCUUGGGGAACUCCACUAGUAAUCUCCCUCCAGUCUGACAGUUCACCUUUCAGUAUGACCCAUUGUAGUCUCCCCUUUAAUCAGAUCCUUACUCACCUUUUAUUCUCGUAUUAAUUGCCAUUUUCUCCUGCUAACUUAUAACUUCCCAUGUGGAACUGUAUCAAAUGCUUUAUUGAAAUCCAUGUUGAUUAGAUCUACUGCAUUUCCUUUGUCUAAAAAAAAUCAAGUUAUCUUCUCAAAGGAAGAGAUCAGGUUGGUCUGGCAUGAUCUACCUUUAGUAAAAGCAUGUUGUAUUUUAUCCCAAUUACUGUUUACCUCUAUGUUUUUAGUUAUUCUCUCUCAAAAUUUGUUCUAGGGCCUUGCAUAUAAUUGAGGUUAAACUAAAGGGUCUGUAGUUUUCCAGAUCACUUCUCCCCUCCCCAUUUUAAAUAUAAGUACUAUAUUUGCAAUUCUCCAGUCAUAUGGUAUGCCCCUUGAGUUUAUGGAUUCAUUAAAAAUCCUUGCUAAUGGAUUGCAAUGUCAUGUGCCUUGUCCUUAAACACUCUCCAUCCAAGAAUAUCUCCCCUCCCUCCUUCUCCUCUCCCUGUUUUGGUCCCAUUAAGGUGUUUAAGUUUGGCUUCCACCUCACGCUGUAAUUUUACUUCCAUAUCCUGGUUAGCCACUCUGCUACUGCCCUAAAGCUCAUUAUCUUUAUUAAAAACUGAGGCAAAGUAUUCAUUUAGGUGUGGGGCCAAGUCUAGAUUAUCUUUAAUCUCCACCCCAUCCUCAGUGUUUAGCAGUCCCACUUCUUUCCUUGUUUUCUUUAUUUAUAUGACUAAAUAACAUUUUAAUAUUGGUUUUAAUUUCCUUCGCAAGGUCCAACUCUGGUUGGAUUGUGGCAGUUCUGACUUCUUCCCUAUACUUUCUGACCUCCGAGAGGUAGAUUUCCUUGCUGAUCCAUCCCUUGCAGGCUUUUUGCUUUCUUUUAAUCACCUGUUUGAGAUGCUUGUUCACCCAGUUUCACCUGCAACCUUUCCUUAUGAUGUUUCUCCUUGCUUAGGAUCCAGGCUUCAGCUAUUUGAAGUCAAAGCUGAUGAAACUAAUUCCAAGCCUCCUCCACAUUCAGUGCCUUGAGUUCUUCAGUCCAGUCCACUUUCCUAACUCCCUUUUUGUUUGCCUUUCAAAAAUCAAGGUCCCUAGUUACAGACCUAUUUUUAUUCUUUCAUUUAGUUUAAACUGAAUUAACUUGUGAUCACUUGAACCAUUAUCCUCUACAACCAGUUAUUCUAUAAGGUCUUAGCUAACAGAUUUUUUUCCACCAAAUAGUCUCUGAACCAACGAGAGGUGAUGCCAUUUUAGAUUUAGCAUUGGUAAGGAGCAAUCACAUCCAGGAAAAUCUGGGCCCUACCUAUAUCAGGUAGCAUUUGUCCUCCAAUCUAUAUCUGGGAAAUUAAAGCCUUCCACAAUUUGGCAAGUAUAUGUGAUUUCAUUUUUUUAUUUGAUUACAGGUUUGAUUGAUAAAGAUAAUGGCAUGUAACUUUUGUAAGGUGUUUCACUUAGUACCACAAGAUAUUUUGAUUAAAAAAAUUAUACAGUAUUAAUAAAGCACAUUACAUGGGUUAAGAACUGGCUGAUAGAUCUCAGAAAGUAGUUGUCAAUGAUACUGUGGCAAAAAGGACUAAUGAGAUCCGUUCAACAGGAGUAGGGUGGUGAUUUUACCUCUGUAUACACAACUGAGACAAAUACUAGAAUGUCUAGUUCUGGUGUCCAAAUUUUAAAAAGAAUACUGAAAAACUAGAGAUGGUGCAGAAAGAGUACCACAAGUGAUUCAAGGGCUGAAGAAAAUACAUAACACAAUAAGAGACUUAAAGAGCUCAACCUGUUCACUUAUGAAAAAGAUAGAUGACUUGAUUAUGGUGUAAAAGUAGA